CUUGAUCACUACACAAAGUAUUGACAUUCUUUUCUUUUUUUAAAUUCACGACUGUCAAUUGUACGUUGAUUGCGAAUUUCCGAGGCAGUUUCGGAGAACACCGGUAGCCAUAUUCCUUUAUCAGUAAUUUCAAUAAUUUACACUUGAAGAACAUAAACUUGAGUAGAACUGAUUGAGGUUUUCCUACUUAGUGUCGGGAACGAUCUGUAGAGAUUUACCAGGAAUUGAAGUUCGUGUAUAGAAUUAUUCACACCAGAAAAAAUUAAAUGAUUCGUUCGGUAAAUGGUUACUAGGAUAACAUUUAACACCAGGACAAUAUAUUAGUCGGAUUCACAAUUUUGCAAUGAAAUGAAAACAUGGCAAAACACAGAACUGCAAUUAAAAGAACAGUGUGAAAUAAAUCAUAUUAAUUGAGAAUAACUGGAUAUAAUUGGAAAUUAAAUCAUGAAAUAUUCAGCGUUAAUCAGUUCAACACCGUCAUAUCAAGCUAAUCAGCCACCUACCAUUAAAACGCCAACACCAGUUCCUGAUCGACCAAGUAGUCGACCGAAAAGUGGUAGACUGUCAUCUUCUCUGAGACAUCAUGAAAUAGACGACAAGCGAAUAAUAGCAAGAAGUCCGACGUUUGUGAGUGAGCGUACCUAUACAGCAUUUGCCAGAGGGAAACGACCUUCAACAUCUAGAACAUUGACCAGUGUCCAGUCCAGUAACUACAAGGAUGGUAAAAUAAGUCAGAAUGGUGUUAGAACUAGUUUCAAGAUGGAUAAACACAUUACAGAGACAGUGCCUGCUAUGGAACCUGCAUUCUUAGAAGUAACAAAAGAAAUAGCUGGACAAUACGUGUGGAGGCUUGAGGGACGGUCACGAGUUGUUGAACUAGAAGAACAACACCAUGGUUUUUUUCAUGAAGGAUCCGUUUAUAUUGUAUUGAAGGUGGACAGUAAUGAAAAUGUUCAUUUACACUACUGGUUUGGCAAACUGAGCUCUGAGAACGACAGAAAGCUUAUUGAGGAAAAAGCUCAUGAAUUAGAUCGAAUUGUUCACCACGCACAUGUAUUCACAAGGGAGACGCAGCAUCAUGAAUCCAUCUGUUUUCUAAGAAACUUCAAUGACGGUAUCAUAUACAUUGAAGGACGACCAAAAACUGCCCUGUCCCGUGCUACAGUCUACGCAAAAAGAAUGUACCAAAUAGACGGACGCAAAUUCGUUCGAGCGACUUGUGUUGAACCUUCUGCUGAUCUUCUAGACAAUAAUUUAGCCUGCAUACUUGAUGGUUUCCCUAGGAUAUAUGUAUGGAUUGGUCAGAACUGUCCAUACACGACACGAUUGAAGGCUAUUCAAGUUGCAAAGAAGAUUCGAAACCAACAGAGAAAAGAAGUUUCACAUAUAGUGAUUAUCGAUGAAAAAGAUGUUUCUAUGAAUACAGCAUUUAUUAAGAAACUACACAAUGGUGAAAAUCUACCACCAAAAGAGGAAACAAUUAACAACUUCAAUGCAAAGAUCGAUGCCGAAAAUAUAGUGCUUCAUAGAGUUGCCGGAGAUAGAGUCAUGUAUGAUAUGCCAGAAGCGUCUAAAAGACCUCUGAAUCAACGCUAUCUCGUGAAAAGAGACAGCUAUCUCCUGGAUACGGGACCAGAAAGUCCCUUGUAUGUAUGGGUUGGAUCACAAGCCAAUGAAAAUGCUGUGAUGAAUGGUAUAAAAAGAGGAAAGUCAUUUAAUGAGCACAAAUCGUACCCAUCACAUCAAGCUAUAUGCAGAAUAAUGGAAGAUCAUGAGCCUAUAACAUUUAGAAAAAUAUUUAAUGACUGGCGGGACAAAGAUACAAAACAUAGACAACUAACAAAGAAAUAUAGUAUUGGAAAUAUUGAAAGAGCAUUGUUUUCGACAAAAGACAACCGAACUGUAGCCAAACUAGAUGAAUUGUGGUCAGAAGACUUGAUGACGGACAUAGUACCCAAUAACGAGAUUUGGCGAGUAGGUCCUAACCAUUUGUAUGAGAUACCUUGGAAUGAACAUGGCAUAUUUAACAAUGGAAGUUGCUAUAUUGUAUUAAACCAGGUCAAAGGAAAUUCAAAGUCCUUAUAUGUUAUGUACUAUUGGUUGGGUUCAAAUUCUUCAAUUGAAUUGCAAGAAAAAACUAUGAAACAUGUAUUAUCAAAGGAUACAGAUUUACAACAUCAAUGUAUUAUAGUUCGAGUUUUAGAUGGGAAAGAGCCAACUCAUUUUAUGAACGUUCUUCAAAACAGUAUCAUUAUUCACGACUGUGAUUUAAAAGAUUCUAGUCAGUUUUCUACGCAGAUGUUUCGUGUUAGGGAGAUUGUAAAUGGAAAUAUGCGAGUUCUACAGGUUGUGCCAAAUAGAAGUUCAUUGAAUUCAUCAGCAUCGUUUUUAAUUAUGUCAAAAGAUGAAUGCUUCUUGUGGUAUGGAAAGAAGUCAGGAGGUCCAGAACGAGAAUAUACUAAAAGUAUGCUAGAAUUUUUAAAUCCUUCAAAAAUGUUUGAUUUUGAAGUUGUCUUGGAGGGAAGAGAAAAUAAUCGUCUUCAGGAACUUCUUGGUGCUAACUGUGAAUAUCCCUUAGAAUUUCCCAAACCUAUACUAGAACGGCGACCACCGAAUCUUGUUUUAUGUCAUCAUACAAAUUCAAUUUCAUUUGAAGAUAUUGUUAAUUUUCAAAAAGAGGAUCUAACGUCAGAAGACAUUUACUUUCUUGAUUCCUUUGACCAGAUAUUUAUUUGGAUUGGACAGAAUAUAGGUGAAGAUGUUAGACAACAACUUUUGCAUCUACCUCAGAAAUACAUAGAAGAGGAUACUGCAGGACGUUGUAUUGCUGAUAUCAGUUUAUGGAUUAUAUCACAGAAUCAUGAACCAGAAACAUUUAUAAAACAUUUCAGGGAUUGGUGCAAUACUUCUUAUGGGGGUCAUGACGUCUAUACUUUAACACGAAAGAGAAUACGGCAGGAGAACGCUAUCAUUGAUAUUGAUCAAGAGAUGGUUGACAGGAGCUAUAUGAAAUAUUCCAAGUACGCAUACAGAGAACUGAUAAAGAAAGAACCGGCGGAAGAAGUGGAUAGGAGUCAUAAAGAGUUUCAUUUAACUGAGAGGCAUUUUAAAGAAGUGAUGAAAAUGGGUCGUCCAGAUUUUUAUCGUCUUCCAUUAUGGAAACAAGAACAGUGCAUAAAAUCUGCAAGACUAGGACACUAUGAAGCGUCCGACAAUCCAUUACAUAUACGUUGUUUAUCACCAGAGUAAGACACUGGUAACAAAUAUCAUGCAUUGUUUAUUCUUCAAGAUUGAAAGUAUACAUUAUAUAUACUGAUUGCAAUGUGCAGCAGGCAAAAGGAAAACCAUCGGGCAUGAGAUAGACGUUAGUCACAUCAACUUAUCAGUGUUUUAUGAAUGCAUGGGCUUUCGUGCUUACGACGACGACAAAAGGCAAUUUAGAUUGGAUUAUCAAAGACAGCAGAUGGUUAAAAGUGUCAUGAAUUCGUGCAAGCAACAGCCAAAAUUAUAUAAAUGGAGAUGUAUAUGCACAGACGUCGCUAAAAAAUUUUAGGUUUUGUCCCCGAAGAAUCUUAAAUUACAAUUUUGUUCUAUAGUUGACAUCCCCACGUAAAAUUUUAUUAAUUUAAUCAAUAUUCAUGAAAAAAGGUCCUAAUUAUAGUCAUAUAAAUCAUAAAAUUUUGCUUAUCAUACUUUUAUAGAAUUAUAAACUCAACAACUCAAUGUUUUAAGCUACAAUAUUUUGACAAGCUUUAUAUUGUAGUGCUAAUUUUUUUAUUUUCAAGUGCCAAUCAAAGUGUAGUUUAUGAUACAUUUUUCAAAUAAAAUAAUAUUUUCAAUUAAUUAUCCAUAAUACUUCUAUGAAUAUGUUUAAUGUCAAAGACGGUGUUAUUUACGCCGUGAUUGACAUUUAACAUAAUUGUAUGUAUUAAUGACUUUUCCUUAUAGUUAUGCACUGUGUCUUUGCACAAACAGACCUUUAAGUGACUAAUGAUAUAAAAGUGUCAAGUUUUUAUACUUGUAUGGCAUGCUGACCUUUAAUGUUAUGGUCGUUUUCUGGUGUAAUGGAGACCUUGAGUAUAAAAAAAUCAAGUGUAACCAUCUAACACGUGAGUCCAUAACUGGGAACAUUUACAUUUACAGCUGGUAUUUUGUUCUUAGUUGGAGAAAUUUUAUUCAUUCAAUAAAAAUGAGUAAAUCAUCCCAAAAUUUCUAUUGGACACUAACAGUUUUCACCAUGUAAAAGCCUCUACAAUUUCUUUCAAAUGUGGCUCCAAACAAAGACAAUUCACAUGUAUGAACUUUAAAAAAAAUAUGUAAGUUGCAGUUUGAAGUACACUUGAAAUAUUUCAUGACUAUGAAUUCAAUUACGGGGUCAGUUGCUUAAUCAACAGCACUAUGAUUUGAUCUGUGCAAAUUUCCAUAUUUUACUAACACUUUGUUUCUACGGAGGUCAUAAGCAGUACAGUUUCUAUUAUAUUACCCUGUCGACACAUCCGAUCUCGCUCUUUCGGAGUUCAUACGAUUCUAUAAAUUCUUACUUGCUAUCUUGGUUUGUCAUUCCGUGGUAGAUUUGCCGCGGAGAUUUGAACAUCGGAUAACUGCUGCCGCCUUAAUAGAUUUUAAAACGUACAUUUUUUUUACUGAUAAUCGUAAGUUGAAAAACAAAAAUAAAAAACAUGUUGACAUUUCAUCUAAAUGUCCCUAUAUUAACACUAAACAUCAUAUAAGGAUCAGUACAUGGACGCAUUCAAAUUUACAGACAAUAAACUUAUAAAUUGCUCGGAUUCCUAGUCCGUGUUUGGUAAUAUUUUUGAUAUUUUUCGGUUAUAUUUGCUCCAACUUUUGUAUUAGGUUUUGAAAUUUCAAACAGCCUGGCCUCGAGCAACACUUAAGGGACGUUAAUUAUCGAAGUGCUGAUGAUACAGAAAAAACAUUUUACUGUUUAAUGAAUGUUUUAGAACUGAUCUGCCGUACAUAAAAAUUGAAAUAAAUCAAUGAAAUAUUUACGAUGGUACAAUUUAUGAGUUGUUAAAUAAAUAAAAUCCUUAACAAAAACUUGGAUAUGUUAUUUUAACAGAUACAAGUUUAUGAAACCUCAACAACAGUUAAAUAUGAUCAGUUUAAAACUCGACGACAGUUAAACAUAGGGUUCCUUAUUAUUUUCUUAUUAUGAUAUUAUAUUAUCCUGUAUGACGUCUGUCGCUUAUCACUAGUUUAGAAAAUCAAUCCAUGGGAUUUUUUGAUACAGGUUAGCUGACCUCAUUUUGUUUAACAAAUCCAACAAUUUAAAAUUACUCUUCUUUCUUAAAAUAACAUAGCUGUUUUAUAUUCGUAUAAGAUUUAGAAAUCAACAUGUAUUUCUUCUACGCCAACAGUGAAUUAACUGAUUAAAAAUAGUUGGUAGCAGAUUUGAAAUGUCUAUUAUAGAAAUACUACUUAACCAUGCUAUAUUUAUUUUUAAUUUACAUUUGUUAUGUACACUUUUAUAAUUAGCUAUCUAAUAAAUAUAUUACGUUG